UUCUCCUCAUGUUUGUCGCAUAAAAUGAAAAGGCAACCUUAUACCGGUGAUCGCUAAUUCCCUAUUUUUUUGCAAAUCCACUCAAUUAAUUUAACUAAUUCGCCUAGUGAUAGUGCAAAAUGUAGGUUGUUAUCAUCAAGUGGAAACGGAAAGGCAUAAAUUUCAGGACAAAAUUACAGUGAUCAUGAUCAGGUUAGUCUUCAAACAUGCAAAGUGAACGUGAGAACAGUGCGAUGAGCAAGCUCAGCCUAUUAGGUGGAGGUGAAGCAUGUGGUGCAAGAUGGACCCUCGGAGCACUACUCCUCGCGCCCCUCGCAGCCGCAAACUCCAGCUAUUGCGCUGUGCCUGCAGUACUUUUACUGUUUGCCUUCAUCACUUUGGCGACAUUCACUGGUCGAGAUCUAAAAAAGUUAUCAGACCUACUACCACCCUCAAGAACAGCUAGAGGUCGACGAGAAAGAAAUCUUCGUUCGUUCGCCGAGUUCAUGGUGAUGUGGAUGACCUUUCUAUCACAUUUGGUUGCCGUCGCUGUUUGCGCCAGGAUCCUCAGUGCUACCGCAGAUCACGUUACUGGAGGAAGGACUAGGAGAUGGCUGUUCGGUUACGAAACGCGGGCUUUGGGAGAACCUUGGCCUGAUGUACUAGGAGUUACGGUUGUCAUGGUCGUUUGUGCCAUGUUUAUGUGCGGGCUCGAAGAAAGUAUGAUGUUUACAUUCAUGUUGCUGGUUGUUUUAUACAUUUUCAGUCAAUGUUUCGCUAUAUUCGGCUUGAUAAAUCUGGACAUCGAAAAUAUAAAGAUACCAAUUCCAAUUACUCUUUACGAAAUAUUUGCAGCUGGAGCACCAAUAUCCUACGCAUUCUGUGUUGUUUCACCACCAAAAGACAACGAGACCUUGAAAAAGAAAAUGAUCCUAAUGAUUGUUUUACCGACGGUAGUGCUAAGCAGUUUGUGUUUCCUCUACACUAACAUGUUAAAAGGGACUAGCAUAGACGCGGCAUUGCCUGUUACUACUUUGUUGGAAGCUAGAACAGCAGAAUGGGUUUAUCCUGUAUUGGCUGCUAUUACAGUGGCUGGUAUAUGCCUAGCUUUGACAGAGCUAUGCCCAAUACUCUUCAAUAUACUUGUAGCCUUAGCAUCUCCAGAAUGGAAAGUACUAACAAGAUCCAUGACAUAUGAAAGUACCACAACUGGCAGUCCAGUAUUGGCAGUGUUUACAGCAGGUAGUCUUGCAGCGAUACUCGCCUUCGCAUGCCCUUUAUCACAUAUGAUAACAUUAAUGAAUGGAAGUCAUUUACUUAGCAUUUCCAUUCAAGCUUUUAAUUACAUAAUCUUGCGAUGCGUGCCGACUGCCGAGCAGAUGGAAGCUGGAGAUGUAGAAUAUAAACGCCUUGGCAACGAAAGUAAGCGUGCAAAAUCUUCAGAGAAAAAGGCUAAACGCGGCUUAUGGUUCAUUCCAUCAGCACUUCGUCAUACUAAAACUUUAGAGAGCAUUAAAUCGAAAGUUACUAAAGAGACUGAAGACCGAGAAUGUCUCCUCCUUGAUGAGUAUGCUAACUGUCCAACAGAAGAAAUCGAAGUGACAAGUGGCAGCAGUGGAACAAGAGCAGGAUUGGCUCAAGAAGAGGAUGUGCAAUCCGAUAUCGAUGUUAGUGAAGCAGAACUGUCGUCGGGCGAUGAUUCCACUGAUAUCGAUGCGGUAGUCAAAGAAUAUAGAGAUAGAAUUCAGGUGGUGACCGCUAUCCCAGUAGCCAGCCUGCCAACUCCCCCAUGUAUGCGUGGGGCUCGCUGGUCAGCAGUAGGAGCAUUUGUUCAGAUUUUCGCCAAUGCAUGCAUUGCAGUUGCCUUCUGCAAUGAAACUUUGCGAGUGCCGAUGUUUUCAACUGGAAUACCACUAUGGUUGUGUGGGACUUUCAUCAGCACAUGGCAACCAGCGCACGACAUCGGCUUAAAUAGACUGCAGAAGAUGCAGGGUCCAUUGACAUUGACAAUAUCUGCCUUGCUGCUCACACCACUUCUAGUUAGCUCUUGGCCUGCAAUUAUACUCUUUGCUGGAGCUGGAGUUGUAAUUUACGCCCGCUGCGAACGUUGGUGCGGAGACCUGGCAGUACAGCAAGCUAGAAGUACCAUUGAGAAGAGGAAGUUACGGCACGUCGCCUCAGCCACGCCUCUCACCAGCGCCCGACUAACUCACAUUGACACCGUGUAUAUUGCCAGAUGACAAGAAGACGACUCGGAUUCGAGUCUGGACAAUCUGAUAGACGAAGAAGACAUAGAUCCUGAUGGCGAAUGACACGUAGCGAACGCGGUAAUCAUCAUUGCCGAGUAGACAGAACUGCACCUUUAUUAUCCAUUCCAUAAGUGACCUGUGCUACCCUCAUUAGGUAUCCUUACUAAUAUUUUAAAUUCGAAAGUGUGUGUUUGUUUGUUACCUAUGUUCUGCUGCACAGGGACCUAUAGCUUACAUCCCAAAGAAGGACAUAGGCUUAUUUGUGUCCCAGAAAAGUACCCGGGAACGGAAUCCCCGUGAUAAAAAAAUUGGUUCAAUCGUGGAUUGGGCGGAUAGUGACAAUCGCUUAAAUGCGUUGAGGUGAGAACCAUAAAUAUUAACUUGGAUGGUGAAAACGAUGAAUUUGAACUGAACAUUUUGCAUAUCUUUGUCUCAUUUAGGAUGAUAAUUUUGGCGCGCCUGUAGUUUCGCUUUAUUUUCGAGUACCUAAUAGGUAUACGUUUAAAUGAAAAACGAAAUAUUACUUCCCAGACUUUAAACUCUAAAGCUUGUGAAGCCUUAUUAUUUACUGUUCCUGAGACUUAUCUUUGAAACCAAAACGCUUAAAGUUUUUGAGUAAACAACUAAAGUCUCUCUCUCUGUCAAUUUAUUAGGUAGGCUUUUCGUAGAUUAGGUACUAUGCGCGUGUCGGUCUUUUAUCUUCAAUA